AUGAAAACGCCUAAAACAGCAAUUCUUCUUCAAGUCAUCCUCCAACUCGCUCUUCUCGCUCAUUUUCAUGGAAGAAUGACUCAAAUCAUCAACAAAGUCGACAAAUCUUCCAAAGAAAUCGUCGCUGGCGACGGAAUCAGCUGGGCUGUUUGGACGAUUUUCAUCCUCUAUUCGCUCUUCAACGUCUUUGGAGUGCCUGUCAUCCUUAGUUACAUCGAUAGAAGAGAAAGACAAGAGAUGAUGCUCGGGCCAAAAACAGAGAGUGAAAUGGAGUUUGAAUCGACUCUUGAUCGACUGGGAAUGAGAAACAGAAGCUUCAGAAUCGAGGAUGACCCGAUGGGCGACAACUUCAGACAACAGCUGGCGGAAAUUCAGGGUGGUGUUCGCGAUACUACUCCAAGGACACCAACGCUUUCCAGAGUAACAUCUCUCGCCGAUGACAGCUCGACACAUGGUGGCGAUAUAGAGACAUGA